AUGGAGUUCAGGUCUGGAGUGGACGACGCAUGGUAUGCCGUCAAAAUUUAUACGGAAGACAAUAGUGCGGAACGGCUAACAGUGAAGUUUUGCAACUUUGAAGACGAGUACGACGAAGUGUACGAGGCCCAGGACCUAACGUCAGCUAACCACAUGACGAACUUCCUGUCGAGGUUCAGGCUUGUGUCUAUUCAGGUGCAGGACUCGGAAUGCCCGAACGUGGUGGAGGGCAUGCUCGUGUGUGCCGCCGUUUCUGUUACACCCGACAAUUGCCGCUUCUAUGAUGCUGUUGGAACCGGCAUCGAAGUGUGGAAGGAGAAGAAGAAUGCCUAUGCAAGUUCGUUCUAUUCUGGAAACAUUGGCCAAAGGGUGGAAGCCUUACGACUCAAGCCGUCAGAGAUAUCUGUAGAGUCCAGCCUCGGACGGAAGAAGUAG